UUGCCAGACUGUCAAACGCGUUGUGCUGCGUUUUGUAAACAAAACAAUUGAAAUUAAUUGGAAAACACGCAAAUUGAAAUUCUUGAAAAGCAUUCGAUGGAAAAUAUGUGUAUUAAUGAAUAAAUUCAACAGUUGUCGUUGCUGUUCAGUGAAAUCGGGUAGCACGAACAAUAUGCAUUUGCAUUUCUAACAUGGCAGCCCUAAUCAGAGAUAAAUCAAUAGCGGCGUGAUUUGUUUACAAAAUGUUCGACUGAAAAAUUUUAAAAAUCAUUAACAAUGACUAGACUUAAUGCAGAAAUUAGUGCAAUAUGUGUGCUGCUGCUGCUAAGCAAAUCGCUGCUGGCAACAGCAUCAAAUGGCGAUCGCACACAAUUUUUUCACAAUUGUCGCCAAAAUUGCGAACGCACAAAUUGCUCAGCUGAUGGCUUGGAGAUACAGGAGCAGGCGAUAAGUUUCUAUGGCCAAACGAUAUUCGAUCGCAUCUUUGGUUGGAGCUGUGCCGAUGAGUGCUCCUAUGGCUGCAUGUGGCGCACAGUUUUUGCAUUUCUCGAACGCGGCUGGCCAAUUCCACAAUUCUAUGGCAAAUGGCCAUUUCUGCGUCUGUUCGGCAUGCAGGAGCCAGCCUCCGUAAUAUUCUCCAUUUUAAAUUUUGUCAUGCACUUGCGUAUGUUGCGCAAAUUUCGUUGGACAGUCCGUCCAGAUAGUCCCUGCUACAAGUUGGCGCACAUUUUUAGCUUGGUGUGCAUGAAUGGUUGGAUUUGGUCAGCGAUAUUCCAUACGAGAGAUUUCCCAUUGACGGAGCUGAUGGACUACGCCUUUGCCUACUCCAUUGUGCUGUGCACGCUGUACUGCAUGGUGAUGAGGAUGCUGCAUCGAUACUCUCUAUUUCUGCGUGGGGUCAUCACACUGGCCUUUGUCUCCUAUUAUAUCAACUAUUUUGCUUACUUGAGCGUGGGCAAAUUCAAUUACUCCUUCAAUAUGAAAGUGAACAUUGGCACGGGCGUCCUAUCAGCCGUCGGCUGGUUUGUCUGGUGCCAUCAGGUGCGAUAUCGUCGUCCGUAUUAUAGGCGGAUUCUACGCUUUUAUGUUCUAUUCGCACUGGCCAUGGGACUGGAACUGUUGGAUUUUCCGCCCAUCCUCUGGGUGCUCGACGCACACUCGCUGUGGCAUUUGGCAACGGUGCCUUUGGUUUCCCUUUACUACGACUUCAUGGUUGAGGAUUGUCAGACGCUGCGCAAGGAGCAGGCAAUGGCCGAGGCGUAUCCCUACUACAAUAAGGACAUCUAAGCUAUAGCGAUAAUUGAUCGUUGCAAUCGCAUUGUAAAUUUAUUAUACAACAAAAUUAUGCUACA